ACAGUUCAGUUCAGUUCCACACACCUGGACACACACACAAGCACUGGGCUUAGGCGAUCGAAGUGUUUGUACUCUUUAGCUUCAAAUAGUUGUUCACUUCUGGAGCAAAUGGUCAUCUCUCUUUUCAGUCUUUUGACACUCAAAACAGUAUGGGAAAGAUUUGUCUAUCACUCCUAGUGGUCUCUCUUUUAGUGGACAAAUGGUUGACAAGUGGAGUGUUUGUCUCGCAUCAGUCUGCAACCAGUGUACUGAUGAGGCGCAAGAGGCACAACAGCGGCCACCUGGAGGAGAUGGUGCGGGACAACCUGGAGCGGGAGUGCAUAGAGGAGCGCUGCUCCUGGGAGGAGGCAAGGGAGGUGUUUGAGAACAACGAAAAAACGAUGGAAUUCUGGAAUGGUUACACUGAUGGAGAUCAGUGCGAGUCCUCCCCAUGUCAGAAUGGAGCGAGAUGUGAGGAUGGCCUGAGCUCCUAUGUGUGCUGGUGUGCCACUGGCUUUGGUGGAAAGAACUGUGAGAUACAGAUUGCUCGUCAGUGUGAUGUUGAAAAUGGCGGCUGCAUGCAGUUCUGCAUUGAAGAUAAAGUGCGGGGAGCCACAUGUGCUUGUGCCCCUGGGUACCGACGGACGACAGACAAGAGGUCCUGUGAACCCCUAAUACAAUACCCCUGUGGCCAACUCGGCAAAACCAUAAGGGACAAACUGUCUGGAAGAUCCCUCAUUGAUGCGGAAACAGUUAACCAACACGAGAUGUCUCUCAACAACACCCACGUUAAUAUGUCUGCUGAGAAUGCAGAGACGACUUCUGAGAACAACACCCUUAGCCUCACCAAUGCUACAGCCAGUCCAGUACCACCAGUGGUCAUCAACAGUACCCUGCAGCCAACCCCGGACGGUGGAAUUCCUACCUGGAAGUUCUAUCCAACCCUACCUACAAUCAAAGCAGACACGUCCAUAGAUGAGCGCAUAGUCGGCGGAAACGAGGCUACCAGAGGGGAGAUACCAUGGCAAGUUGCAAUAAUCAACAAAGCCACCAGUUUAGUGUUCUGUGGAGGGACACUUCUGAGUGAAAUCUGGGUCAUUACUGCAGCCCACUGUAUCGUACAGAGCAAGGGACCUUUCUUCAUCCGUCUUGGGGAGCAUGACGUACGACAGGAUGAGAAGAGUGAGAGUGAACAUGAGGUGGAUAAAAUCAUCCUUCACCCUCACUACGACCCCAAGAAGAGCCUCUACAACCACGACAUUGCCAUCCUGCACCUCUCCACCCCCGUCACUUUCUCCGACUACAUCAUCCCCGUCUGCCUGGGCCCCAAAGGCUUCACGGAGUUCCUCCUGAGGAACGCCGCCACAGCGCUGGUGAGCGGCUGGGGAAGGAUGCGCUACAACGGCCGCGAAUCCACCACACUGCAGAAGGUGGAGGUGCCCUACGUGGACCGGACCGAGUGCAAGGGCAGCAGCAGCGACCACGUGUCCCGCUUUAUGUUCUGCGCCGGCUACAGCACCGUCCAGAAGGACGCCUGCCAGGGAGACAGCGGGGGACCCCACGUCUCACAGUACAAAAACACCUGGUUCCUCACGGGCAUCGUCAGCUGGGGAGAGGAGUGCGCCAAGGAGGGCAAAUAUGGCAUCUACACGCGUGUUUCCAAGUACUUCCACUGGAUUUCCAAUGUCACAGGCUUGACCUCCUCCACAAACUGACCAAAGACCCAAAGCUGAAUUAAGACAGUCCAAACGAGGAAUGGGAAAUGUCAUAUGUUAUCUCAGUCUGUACAUGCAGUGACACCACUCUACUUCUGAGAUUCAAAGUGAGUUUCAGUUGACCAAAGAAAUGUGCUGUGUCUUCAGGUAAACAAUAUGCAGGGUCAAAGUUGAAAAUGAAAUAUGCAUUGAAAAUAAUUGUCAUUUUCUACCCAAGCAUUCCUUAAAGACUGAUGAUAUUUAUUUAAUUAAAAAAUAAUUCAAUCAAGAGAAAAAAAAUAAAGAAAAAUCCUCUA